AUGGCUUCAAGCGUUCUCACUGUUGCAGAAAAGCCGGUGGAGACGGGCUCUGGCUUGGACGUCGCCAUCCUCAGCGGGGCCAUUAGACACGAACCUGAUGUCCCUGGGAUACUGGAAGUCGAGGAAUCAUCGUCAAACUCGUCCUCGGACGUCAUUUCCUCCGUUCCAAACAGAGAUAAAAUGUCGGCUUCCGACUCUCUCUCGAUUAAUACCAUCGAGAACCGUGGAUUGUACUCGUGGAUCAGGUAG